AUGGCCCAUUUCGUUCCUGCAGAGAAGUCAUUCACAGCAGCAUACACCGUGAAGCUUCUCGCAGACCGCCUUAUCCGCCAUCACGGCUUUCCAGAGGUGCUCAUAUCGGACCGAGAUCCCCGCUUCUCCUGGGACCUGUGGCAACGGCUCUGUAGCUAUUUUGGCAUCAAACGGCGGAUGUCCUCGUCCUACCAUCCCCAAAGCGACGGUCAAACUGAAAGCGUUAACCGCGCACUGGAGGAGAUGCUUUGUACCUACAUCCAAUCUGACGAACGCAAGUGGGAGCGCUUGCUUCCGGGGCACGUUAGCCCCUACGUUCACUCCUCCGAUAACUAA